UCCCCUGAAGCGGCUCAGGGAUACGCCUCUUACGAUAGGAAGCUCCUGGUAAAUAGUCCCGGCUAGUCAGCGCUUCCGCUUAACUUGCCGCAAAGUUUUUCUAGACAAGUCGGCUCUUUUACUCGGCGCUUUGCUGGCUGCUAGAGCCAGCCUUCCGCCCCGAGCCUCGGCUUGCGUUACGUCUGGCUUUUUGAACUCUGUACUCCCACGGCACUGGAACCCUAGCGGGUGGCGGCGACCGUGUGCCUCCGCGCGCCCGAGGGGAGCCGAACCCCGGAGGAAGGGGCGGAUCCGGCGCGGUGUUUGGGACGGAGCGGGGCGCGGGGCGCUCGAAGCAUCCUCUCUGCGCGUUCCAGGGCUGGUGGAGGCAGCAUGGGCACCCCUCAGACCGCACCCCUCGAGCUGUAGGUUCGCAGGCGCACGGCAGCCCGACUCGACGGCUUCCCCAUUAUACCAUCUCUUCUUUUGAUCACUGUUCCUGAUUGUGGCUUUCUCCAAGCAUUAAAUUGUGUGCCUUUUGUUCCUUGAAGAAAGAGAUGGAGAAAUUAAGACACAGAGAUUGAGGCUUGUCUAGAGUAACACAGACAAAUGAAGAAACUGUGGUGCAGAGAAAUUUGAAGCUUACCCAGUGUCACAGAGCAGAGCUGGAAGUAAAGCUUCUAUUUCCUGAUUUCCAGAUUGGUGUUAUUUAUACUUCAAACUAUUACUUCUUGGUGAGUUAAUUUGGGAAAAAUCCUGGUAUUUUGAAGAUGUCUCAGCACAGUAUUGUUUCCUGUUUAAAUUACAAGUAACUUCAGGAGUUUUGAGAAAAAAAGAAAUUGGGAUUUUUUUGUUAAAUCAUGCCAUCUGAACAGAAACAGUUACUGUUUGAUGAAAAACAAACUACGUACAUGAAAAAUGAGAUAGUUGAUGCUAUCAGAUCAGUACUUAAACCGAAAAUUUCAGAAAAUAAUAUUCAUUAUGAACUAAAAAACAUGAAAAUCGAUUUGCCGAAGAUAAAUAUUCCAAGUGAAGUCCUGUUGAAACAUGAAGUUGACAAAUACAGAAAAUUAUUUCAGCUUAAGCCACAGACUGCAAGAAAAUCUGUCAAUAUAAAGACUGUAAGCUGUAUAGAGGAGUGUAUGUUGCUCCAUAAUUCUAAGAGAAGUGAAGAGGAGAGUUUAAAAAUGUCUGCAAAAAUACUCAAUUUCAACUGUUCAAAAUGCCGAGAUAGCAUUCGCUAUAGCCCAAAUGAUUUGCAGAAACAUUUUCAAAUGUGGCACCAUGGUGAAUUACCUUCAUAUCCUUGUGAAAUGUGCAAUUUUUCAGCAAAUGACUUCCAGGUAUUUAAACAACACAGACGAACACAUAGAAGCACUUUAGUAAAAUGUGACAUUUGUAACAACGAAAUUGUAUAUACUUUACUAGACUUGACAAAACAUUUUACAUCCACACAUUGUGUUAAUGGUAAUUUUCAAUGUGAAAAGUGCAAAUUCUCCACUCAAGAUGUUGGCACAUUUGUUCAGCACAUUCAUAGACAUAAUGAAAGCCAUUAUAAAUGUGGUAAGUGCCAUCAUGUAUGUGUUACCAAAGGAGAGCUUCAGAAGCACCUUCAUGGUCAUUCUGGCACAUUUCCCUUUACUUGUCAAUAUUGUAGCUAUGGUGUCACUAAGAGAGAGCAUCUUAUAAGACAUGUUAUAACUUUGCACAAAGAACAUUUAUAUGCAAAAGAAAAACUGGAAAAAGACAUAAAUGAAAAAAGGAUGGCAAAGACUUCAGCAGGACUUAAGCUAAUACUGAAAAGAUACAAAAUAGGUGCAUCAAGGAAGACAUUCUGGAAACAAAAGAAAAUCAACAAUGGAAGUGACAGAUGUAUAGAAAAAAACAGUCAAGUGCUUAAAAAGGUGAACAACACACAAGCUAAAUCUGAAGACCACAGUCAUCUUGUUCAAGAACAUUUAAAUGAAGAAAAAGAUGAAAGACUGCAUUGUGAGAAUAAUGAUAAACCUGCGGAGUUAGAAUCUGAAAAGCCAACUCUUCUGUCUACUGCGCAAAGUAAUAGAGAUGAAUCAGAGGGAUCAGGUUUUACUUCAGGUUUCUUGAAGACUGUUGUGCAAGGACCUACAGUAUUAACAGUGAAAAAUAAUAGAAUAACAAUUCCUGCUAACUAUAGUGCUAAGUUUAUGGGCUUUAAGAUGGUGGAUGGAAAACAGCAUAUUGUAAUAAAACUGUUGCCUACUAAUAAACAGAAUUUAUAUUCACCGGGCUCACAGUCAGGUGCUGCAAAAGACAGUACUGCUAAUUUGCAGCCCCAGACUUUGGACACCACUGGAUUUUUAACAGGAGUAACAGCUGAGUUAAGUGACACAGUUUACAUGAAAACAACAACUCCAUUUUCAUGUUCAUCUCCUUUAUUUUCAGGGAAAGUAACAUCAGGAAAAGAAAUGACUUUGCUAUCGCAAAUGAGUAAGAUGCUUCAAACAGUGGAAGAUGAAAAAAGUGUAUCUUCCUUGCCAACAUCAGAAUUCGUUACCAUAUCAGGGAAUUUGACCACAAAAGCUGAAACAAGAGACAGUGUUGACUUACAGGGAAGCGGUAUUACUCAGAGUCAUCCUGAGGUAUCAGGUACUGCCAUUAAAAGUCCAGAUAAAGUCAGCUGUAAUACCAAACCAAAUGCAUACAACAGUGGAGAUAUGCACAACUACUGCAUUAAUUAUGUCAACUCUGAGUCACCUGUUGAAUCUUCCAACCAAGGAUCAUUACCUUUUCAUAAUUACUCCAAAAUGAAUAAUUCUAAUAAAUGCCAUAGGUUUUCAGGAACAGCUGUGUGUGAAAACCCUCAAAGAGAAUUUUCAUCAAGCAAGACAGUUGUUCAACAACCAAUAAAUGAAUCAUUUUUAUCACUAGUGAGGAAGGAGAGCUCAAAUCCAGAUAGCCUGGUAACAUCUAUUAGCUUUUCACAUACUAAAGAUGGAACUUUUAAAGCUCAAGCUGAAAUUAAAGAACAUUGUGUUUCAGAAGGACAGAACAUUGAUGGACAAAACCUAUAUACCAAUGAAAGUAAAAAUUUAGAGAGCAAGAGCGGAAAGUCUAAGUGGAAUGACAUUUCUAGUGAUGAGUCACUUGUGAUGCCUAGAAUCACAUCUGUUUUUUCUCUCCAGAGCAAACAGGCAUCAGAAUUUUUGCCACCUGAAGUAAACCAGUUACUUCAGGAUGUACUAAAUGUAAAAUCUGAUGUAAAACAAGACCCUAGUAACGAUCCAAAUAAUGACCUGCCACUUCGUUGUGACCAGUCAUUUCAGAAACAUGCUGGAGAAGGCAAAAUAGUUGAUUCUUCAAAAGACUUCAAAAUACAAGGCGUCAUCCCAGUUCCACCUGGUAGUGUGGGGAUUAAUGUGCCUACACAUGAUCUGAAUUUAAAAUGUAGUGGAAAAGAAAAACAAGUGAUGUCAGUGUCAAAGGAGGUGAGAGAUUCAGAGAAGAAACCUAGAAUUUCAGGGAUUGGCACAUUACUUAAGACUCAGUCAGAUGCAAUAAUAACACAGCAGCUUGUAAAAGACAAACUACGAGCUACUACACAAAAUUUAGGUUCUUUACACAGGCAGACUCCACUUCUAAAUUCAGAACCAAAGAAAGCUAUAUUUGUUCAGACUCCAAAAGGCUUUUUUGUACCAUUGCAUUUUGCUAACAAGCCUGGACUACAUGUUGUUUCAGGAAGCCCACUUCCGUUCGUUAAUACACAAGGUGUACCUGCUUCUCUUCUUUUAAACAAGAAACCUGGGAUGAUUUUAACAUUUAAUAACGGGAAACUUGAAGGUGUUUCCACUGUCAAAACUGAGAAUGCUUCAGCUUGUGGAACUACAACUAAGGAGCCUUGCACACCUUUUUUAAAGGUAGAACCAAACGGUAAUUGUCUGACACCUGCACUUUGUUCUAGCAUUGGCAGUUGUUUGAGCAUGAAAAGUAGCUCAGAAAAUACUUUGCCAUUAAAAGGCCCUUACGUUAUUAAAACAUCAGCAGGUUCUUCAGUGAAAGCUGUUCCUACACCUAACAUAACAUCUGAGCAUCUGGGCACUAAGUUGGGUAUCUUGGAUUCAGGAAAACAGCAGGAUGAAAUUUUUCCAAAACCACAUCUUUAUACCCUCUUGCCUGAUGGCAAACAAGCUGUUUUUUUCAAGUGUGUGAUGCCAAAUAAGACUGAGCUGCUUAAGCCUAAAUUAGUCCAAAGUAGUUCUUACUAUCAAAAUAUACAGCCAAAGAAACCUGAAGGAACACCACAAAAAAUAUUGCUGAAAAUCUUUAAUCCUGUGUUGAAUGUGACUGCUGCUAAUCUAUCAGUAAGCAACUCUGCAUCCUUAUUGCAGAAAGACAGUGUACCAUCUAGUCACACUACAAGAGGAGAACAGAAAGAGCCAGAAUCUUCUAGAGAUGCCUUACCCUUGCUAGAUAUGAUGCCAGCAAAUGAAAUUGUGAUAACUUCUGCAACAUGCCCAGAAUCUUCGGAGCAGCCAGUGUGUAUCGGUGACCAUUCAGAAGCCAGGGUAUUAAGGUGCAAAACAAAUUGUACAAUUGAAAGAAGCUUCAAUAGAAAAAAGACGUCCAAAAAAAAUUUUUCAAGAAUAAAAACUCAUGUAAGAAGUAACGAUUCUGAAACUGCCUUCGUAUCUAGAAACAGAAACUGCAAACGAAAGUGUAGGGAUAGUUACCAAGAACCUCCAAGAAAAAAAGCAACAUUACAUAGAAAGUGUAAAGAAAAGGCUAAACCUGAAGCCGUCCCUGAUUCACUUGGAUUUAGCAGACCUAGGCUUUCAAAAGAUACAGUCAGAAUUUUACAGCUUUUCCCCUUUAGUUCUAAACAGCUUGUGAAAUGUCCUAGAAGAAACCAACCAGUUGUAGUUUUGAAUCAUCCUGAUGCAGAUGCACCAGAAGUAGCAAAUGUAAUGAAAACUAUUGCGAAAUAUAAUGGACGUGUACUUAAAGUUUCAUUGUCAAAAAGAACUAUCAAUGCUCUACUGAAACCAGUUUGUUGUAACCCUUCUAAAACAGCUUAUGAUGACUUUCCCAAGAGGCACCAACCAUUUAAACCUGUUAGUUCUGUGAAAGAAAGAUUUGUGCUAAAACUAACACUCAAAAAGACAAGUAAAAACAAUUAUCAGAUUGUGAAAACUACCUCUGAAAAUGUUCUGAAGGCUAAAUUUAACUGUUGGUUUUGUGGUAGAGUAUUUGACAAUCAGGAUGCUUGGGCUGGUCAUGGGCAGAGACAUUUAAUGGAAGCUACUCGUGAUUGGAAUAUAUUAGAGUAAUUUACUGUAAUUACCAAGGAAAAGAAAAGUAAAAUUAUCUUAAAAGAAAACAGUGGGUUGAAUUACCUUCAUGCAGACAUUUUCUACUUCAGUAUAGUACCUGAAAUUAAACAUUUAAAAAUUGGUUAUAUUUCCCUGGAAGAGCAGAAGUUUUAUGUGUGAUAUUUGAAAAUGCUAUCACUGCAUACAUGUUUUGAAAGAAACUGAUCACAGCACAGAUGUACCUUGACCUAAUUUUUUUAAAUGUGUUGUGAAGUUAGGGCUAAAGAAAAUUUUGAUGAAACAGUUCUCCCAAUUUAGUUCUUUAGUGACUUAAUAGAGGGUAAUGGCUAACAGCCCCAUACCCUCUCUUCCUCCACCAGCCUUAUAAAUCUGUAGAGUAUAGCUCCUCUGCAGAUGGAGAGCUCUUUCACCAUGGGGCUGAAGAAGUUUCUCAUCAUUUGUGAAGAUAAACCAGGCGAGCUUGGGUAAAGAACUUACUCUCCAUCUGCUAAAUAUAUAUAGUUUUUUGGAAGGGUAUUACGCUCCUUUGAGAGUGCAUUUAACUCAAUACAGUUAACACCUCAUGAUGUUUGAAAAGAAUUUUUGACAUUUGACAAGUAAAUAUUUCUCUUUUAAGUUGUAUAUAUGUCAAAUUGGAACACCCUUUCAAGAUAAUUUGUUUUUUCUAAAUGAAGCAUUGCAGUACAUGGUAAUCUCAAGAGAAGAACUAAACUCUCUUGGUUGAGUUUUGAAUUCCAGUCAAAGAACUUGAACAUUUUCCUGAAUUUGAUUACAUUUCUAGAGAGCCUUUGGCAGAAAAUGAUACUUUUUUUAUUUUAAUUUUUAUUUCCUACAGAUCAAACGGCCAUUUUUUUUCUUGGUUGCCUUCCCUUUAAAAAAAGUGGAACAUAGGAGCACUUCAAGGGAAUGGCUUUUCUCGAAAAUAAAAAUUAUUCUACAGAAACAAUAUUUUGAAGCAAGAUUAGCAAAGCAAAUAUAUUUUUGCAUCUGUGUUUAAUUACUAUCUGAAAAUGUCCACAUUGUGACAAACCAUUUUUGUCAGCAACUUUUCAAUAUGUCUGGCAACCCAACACAGACUUUUUACUGAUUGUUGGUAGUUGAAAAUGAAGAAGCAUUAAAUACUGCUCUCAGUGGCAGUGCAUGAACGUCAGGACAGUUUCCUAGGGGAUAUGCCCAAUUGAUAAGAGUUUUAAAAUGGAUAUUUUGGUGAUAACAGAAUCAUCUAUUUAAACUUUUCACCAUGUGAGUUUGGUUAAAAUUUUCUUGGGUCAUUGUAUAAUGGAGAUUUUGUAUUACAAAAUUCUACAUCAUUUUUUGUUACAUUGUUACUAUGAGUGUGAAGGGACAUUUUCAUUGAAAACUUCAGGGCUUCUUUUCUGUAUAUAACAGAAUUUAAACCUGUACAUAUUUUUGUAUCUUUCAGUUAUGUAAAUUUUGCACAGAAACUUUUGACAUAAAAAGCUUAUUUUCUUUCAGUUCAGUUCUGUGCAUGCACUAAUAAAACGCUUAAUUUAAAAGGAAUAUAUGAGACUUUACCCACGUUAUUUUCUUGGUUUUUAUUUUAGAUGUACAGUUUUCUUUUUCUGGGUAAACUCAUUUUUCAGGGAUUGAACACUAUUGUUAGCAAGUGCCUCAAAGAUGUGAAACAGUUUACAUAUGUCAACUGUAACAGUAGGUCCCAAAUGGGGCCAUUCUCCCAGUAGUUCUAUUUUAAAGAAAGCCAUACACAUACAUGCUUCAAGCUAUCUUGCUAUGCACAUUAUACGUGUACUGUUUUUGUGCAGUUUGUCUACUUUCCUAGUGAAGUAUUUUUUGUAUAAAACCUGUUAUAAUUGUGUUUAUUAAAUUGAGCCUAAGAAUGGAGUUGAUUGCAAAUACACAGUAUAUAUUAAUAAUGUAUAUGGUGUUUAAAGAAUGGUAAGCAUUGUUAACUUCUGUUAUGAAUGUUUUCAAUUAAAUUUAUCUUAAGUUUGUGUUUAUACAAUUUUUUUUUUACUGUGCUAAAAUUGAGGAUUUUAUUUAAUGGGAAAUACUUAGAUUUCAAAGUUUAUUUUAAUACUAGUCAACUAUGCAAAAUAAAGUGUGGGGUUUUUUCCCCCUUAAAAUCAUAGGUGAAAUUUUAUUUGAAAAUGGUGACAUUUACCAUAGUUUUACUGUGGCUGUGCUGUUAAGGAAAGGCAUAAAGAAGCUUAGGCUCUCCACUACCCUAACUGCAAUAAAACCGAUACACUAUUGUUAUGGUUCGAGCUAUUAUUAUGCAUCACCUUCAGUGAAAAUAGAAGGAAUUAUCUUGCCAAUGUUUACAGCACUAUAAAAAUAAAUUUCAGAAUAGCCAUAGCCAUCCAGUAAAAAUGUUUUUUACUUUGAGAUUGAUACUUUUUUCCUGAAAGUUUUUUAAAAAGCUAAUUUAAAAAGCUUCAUGCCUCAGAUAUUCUAAUUAGUGCCUUUUCUGAUUUUAUUAAUUUAGGUUAUUCUGAAAGAGGCAAACCUGCUUGGAGCCUCUUCAUUGCCAGAGCCAAAAAAUCAAAAAACAAAGCCUUCUGUUCUUUUCUGUCUUCCUGGCUGAAACUGAGCUAAAGAUGGCUCUUAAAAAUAUGAAUAUGAAUAUCCAGUAGUUUGAGGUUCUAAUUACAACUGGAAGAAUUACUUUAAUUUUUGUAAUCCAGCUUCUGGGUCAGGAAUUGAUUUCAUAGUUUUCUAUUUGUCCACCUCCACUGAAAUGAGCCUAACUGUUCGGCAUUCACUUAAAUAGUUUAAUUUUCUGCAUUUAAUAGCAGAGAUGGAACUGUAAUCGUUUUCUAUAAAAAAAUUUUGUUUUACUAAGGGGUCAGCAGAGUUUCUCAGUGAAGUGUCAGGUAGUAAAUAACUUUGUAGGUCAUUUAGUCUGUCAUAACAACUCUAUCAUAAUGCAGAAGAAGCCAUCGCUAAUACCUAACUGAAUGAGGAUGCCUGUGUUCUAAUAAAACUUCAUUUUAAAAAUGGGCAGUGGGCUGAAUGACCUGUCAAAUAGUUUACCAACUCCUUUAAUUCUCUCAAAGGUCUGCUCUUCGAGUGGGAUUUUUCUUAACAGAAGUUUGAUAAUUUUUUAUUAUGUAUGCCAACUGUGUAAAUUUACCAAGUAUAAAAACAAGUUACCAAUGUAGACACGUUUAAAAGUUGAAGAGAAAUGUGAUGGAAAGGGUUACUGGUAAAGUAGUAGGUCAUUUGUGUGCUAAGGUUAAUGCUAUUUACAGAGGAAUUAAAAAUGAGAUCAAACAAUUGCUGUGAGCAUUUGUGUCCA